AUGACGCUGUCGGGUGAUCACGGCGGUGACAGCGAGCCCGAAUUGGACGCGGCUGUACUCUUUUUUUCUCCGCGUGGAUUCCCCCUGCUGCGACAGUUUGCUCCCAACGACACCCCAAGCAUGGCACAGAUAGACAUUGUACCCACCCUGGCCGCUCUCUCCGGUGUGCCGAUUCCCUACUCUAACCUCGGAGUGAUAGAGCCGGGAAUUUUGGGCAGCUAUCGGCAUCUGCGAUCUGCGGCAACUUCGAAUUUCAAACAAGUAUGUUCUCUUGGACGAUUUAAGUCGGUUCGUAUCUUUCUUUUGAGUUUGGCAUCUUGUUAG